GCGAAGUUAGGCUUGCUGCUUGGGAGUGAUUUCAUUUUCAGCUUUUGAUCGGAGAAAAUUCGGCGGGAUAAUAGGGGUGCUGGAUCCAGAAGCGACUCAAAAACACUUCAUAAAGAUACUGAGAUAUUAGAAGAAGAUUUGCAAAUAGGAAGCCAAACAGAACAUCAAAUCAAAAUCUGAUAAACUGAUCUGAUCACUUGAUUCAUCAAGGCCUGAAUAUUGUCUGAAUGUGGCUACUGGAAGGGGAGGAUUUGCAGUUGGGAAAUUGGAACCAAAUGUCAUAUCAAGAUUAUGGAGUCAAUCAAUUCGCCAGGACCUGAAUCUCAUCACACUUUGAAUAUGGAACUGAAAAGCACAGUUCAUAGUGAGGAGAAACCAUGGGACUGUGAUGUCUGUGGAAAACGAUUUAGGUACCCAUCUCAGCUGGUAACUCACCACCGUACUCAUGCUGGAGAGAGACCGUUCACUUGCUUGGAGUGUGGCAAAGAAUUUUCUGAUUCUUCCAACCUGCUGCAACACCAGCGAGCCCAUGCUGAUGAAAGACCCUUUAAAUGCCAAGACUGUGAAAAGUGUUUUAAAACUUUCAGGAGUCUUAAGUGCCAUCAACGUAUUCACACUGAUGAGAAACCAUUCAGGUGCUUUCACUGUGGGUUAGUGUUCAGGAAUUCAUCUAAUCUGAAUAGACAUCAACGCAGUCAUACGGGGGAGAUGCCAUUCACUUGCACCAACUGUGGUAAGGGAUUCACUCAGUCAUCCAGAUUGCUGACACACCAACGAGUUCACACAAGGGUGAAACAAUUGACCUGCCCUGAAUGUGGGAAGGAAUUCACUGAGUUCUCCAGCUUGCUGAGUCACCAACGAGUUCAUGCUGGGGAAAGACUAUUUAUUUGCUCUAAGUGUGGAAAGGAAUUCACUUACUCAUCCAACUUCCUAACAGAUCAGCAAGUUCACAUUGGAGAGGGACCGUUUACAUGCCCUGAGUGUGGGAAGGUAUUCACUCUGUUAGCUACUCUCCUGACACAUCAACAUCAACACCCACCACCAUUAACCUGCUCUGAAUGUGAAAGAGAUUCACUCAGCUACCCCAUGUGCUGAGGUACCUGUGAAUAUAUAGGUUACGACAGUGAUUGGAUUGUGCUAUAAAUCACGUUCAGGAAUGAACCAUGUUUAUUGAGGCCUUUUUCUGAUGUUAUUAAAUUCUAGCUCAGUUUUAUAUCACAGAUAAAAGUCAAAUAAAUCCACUUUGUGUUAAA